AAAACGUCAAAGUUCGAUCGGGAAAGCCACCAAACCAACCAACCAACUCAUAACAGGAUUCGAAAGUCUUCGCCUUUCUCCUUCUUCGUCAAACCCACUUUCGUUUUUACCCUAAAGAAGAAAGCUUCAAGAAGAUAGUAUUUUUGGAUCAUUUUUGGAGGACUAGAGAGGCUGAGUAAAUAACUAUUGGCUUGUGGUGAUUACUGGAAUUUUGUAGCUAAUCCUGUAGGGGGUGGCUGAUGUGGCCUGUGUAUCUUCUGUUAAAUAAGAUUCUUAAAACUGAAGAGGAAGGGGAGGAAAGAGUCUUUGAACCUGGUGGAGAUCACAUGAGUGUGGCAGAAUGCUGCCCAUUUCAUAUAUCAUCAAAUCAUGGAACAGGCCGCAAUGCUGUGACGCCUUCCUCGUGCUUUCUUGAAGUUCCACAUAUAAACCAGCUCUCCUCUUGGGACUGUGGACUUGCUUGUGUGUUGAUGGCUUUGACAACAAUUGGCAUUAAUGACUAUAGUAUACAGGACUUGGCAGAGCUAUGCACAACAGAAAGCAUUUGGACCGUUGACCUCGCAUAUUUACUGCAGAAGUUUUCUGUUAGCUUUUGCUAUUUCACUAUAACCUUUGGAGCAAACCCAAAGUACUCUGUUGAGACAUAUUACAAGGAGCAGCUGCCCAAUGAUCUGGGCCGAGUAGAUAUGCUAUUUCAAAAAGCAGUGGAAGCUGGAAUCAGUAUAAAGUGCAGGUCAAUUGGUCAAGAGGAAAUUUGUAAGUGGAUAUUAUGUGGGAAAUAUAUAGCAAUUGCUUUGGUUGACCAGUCCAAGUUAAGUUAUUAUUGGCUGGGAGAUGUUAUUGUAUCAGGAUUCCAUGAAAGUGCAACACACUACACUGGUCACUAUAUUUUGAUAUGUGGCUACGAUGCUGGCAAGGAUGAAUUUGAGAUUAGAGAUCCUGCAAUUUCAAGGAAACGUGUCAGAAUCUCAUCAAGGUGCCUCGAAGAAGCACGUAAGUCUUUUGGCACUGAUGAAGAUCUCCUCCUGAUAUCGCUCGAGGAGAGCAGGAAGCAGAAAAGCUAAUCCAGUAUGACUUGCCUUGCAUUUUCCUGCGUUGUUCAGCUUCUGGUACCAUCAUUUUCUGCACAUAUUUCAUGUUCAUGUGUACAGUGUGCAUUUUUAAAGAAAAUAUUAAUUUGGCAUGUUUUACCACUUUUUUUUUCCCCUUUUUUUACUACUUACCUGCCUUUUGUGUAAACUUACAAGCAUAAUAUACAUGUUUGUACAUUAUGUAACUAUUGUACAAAUAAAAUUGCUCAUCUUCC